UCAAAACCUUUUCUUUCCUUUUUGCAUUCCUCUUUUCUUUCUUUUGAAUUUGAUCGGGAAAUUCAAUUCAAUUUCCCCCCAUUUCUUCCUCUACUCUACUUUUGCGUCUACAACUGCAAUUACCAAACAGGGUUCGCGCUACACUGAACCUCAUUGCAGCCAACAACGACAUAAUAAGAAGGAAGAGAACACUGUUGUUUGGUUCAGAUCAUAGAUCUGAAAAAUGAGUGCGUCCAAGUUCAUCAAGUGCGUCACCGUCGGCGACGGUGCCGUCGGCAAAACCUGCUUGUUGAUUUCCUACACCAGCAACACUUUCCCCACGGACUACGUACCCACUGUUUUUGACAAUUUCAGUGCUAAUGUUGUUGUUGAUGGAAGCACUGUGAACCUUGGACUAUGGGAUACUGCUGGUCAGGAGGAUUAUAAUAGACUAAGACCCUUGAGCUAUCGAGGAGCUGAUGUCUUUAUACUUGCCUUUUCUCUCAUAAGCAGGGCCAGCUACGAAAAUAUCGCCAAGAAGUGGAUCCCUGAACUAAGGCAUUAUGCGCCUGGCGUUCCAAUAAUUCUAGUUGGGACAAAGUUAGAUCUUCGGGAUGAUAAGCAAUUUUUUAUCAACCACCCUGGUGCGGUGCCAAUUACCACAGCACAAGGUGAAGAAUUGAGAAAGCUGAUUGGUGCUCCUGCCUAUAUCGAGUGCAGUUCAAAAACGCAGCAGAAUGUUAAAGCUGUCUUUGAUGCUGCCAUCAAAGUUGUUCUUCAACCACCGAAGCAGAAGAAAAACAAGAGGAAGGCACAGAAGGCUUGCUCAAUAUUGUGAUUAUGGUUAAGAAUCAGAAUCUCUAAUAGCAGGAAGUGACUGACUGGCCAAGCUUCACGAACCUCUCCAUCAGUUUGUCUUAUUUUUUUCUCUGUUCUUUGUAGGCUGUAGCAAUCAGGAAGCUGUGUAUAGUUUGAAGUUUGAACUGGCAUUGCACGGUGCCUUGUUUCAUACUAUGUAACUAUAAUUAGCUUGGUUACGUAGCGGCCUACAUGAUAUACGGCUUUGCUUAUGUAAUAUGGUGAUUGUGCUCUUGGCAUGUACCUGUGAUGUUCAUCUUUGAAAUUUUCCAUUUUGUGACCUUGUGAUGGUUCAUUUAAGUAUGUAAAUAUUUGUAUGGAUAUGCCUCACUGUA